CCCCGAUGACCGCACACGCCAUUUUUAUUUAUGUGUGCGGAACGACGGAUGGCUUCUGUGCGGAGGAGCUCCAAACCGCGGAGUGACCGUUUGAAAAACACCUCGUCUCGUCAAAUGCGUGCAACGCGAGCCAUCGGUUCACGUGAUCCGCGGUACGCUCGCGCGUGCUCAAUCUAAGAACUGUUCGCGGCGAAUAUUGAACCAACGUGACCGUCGUCGGCACGGAACACUACGAUCCUCUUCCCAGUGCUCUUGUCGAGUAAAAUGGAUCAUCGCCAAAAGAUGGUUCUAGUUCCUCAGCAGUCGAAGAUAAAGAUCGAGGACGACGAUGAGGAGGACGUCGAGGCGUUGAGGUUAGCUGCACUCAAGUCUUUGAGGAAGAAGGAGAGCGUGUGCAAGAAGGCAGCGCUGUCACAGGUACAAAAGGUUCUGCCGCAAGUAACGUCAUCGUCCCGCUUCCCGUACAAGAAUCCAUGGCCUAUGAAGAAGAAUUUCUAUAACAACAGGGUGCAACAGAAGCAGAAUGGCAAUCUAUAUUAUCAUAAUCAUCGUAACCCGAACCUGAUAUCAAUAGUGCCUCUAGAGGAACCUAUGCCAUUUCAACAGGCUCAAGUAGCCUGUCCCAUAGAAAAGACUGAACAAAGCGUAGAAUCACCUCAAGAAAUAUCAAAAUUCCAUCGUUUUAAAGACAGCGGAAGCGCGUCGGAGGAAGAGGACACAAAAGAUCACAAGAGUGUCGUCAUCACCGUUAAGACGGAGGUUGUGGUGAAGGAGGAGACGGAGGAAUCGAUGGAGGCAGAAAAUCAGGAGGAAACUGCUGAGAAUCUGGAGAAAGAUGAAAGUAACCAGGGAGAGGAUUGUAACGACGACGACGAUGAUGUACUUUUAAUGGCUGAUCUCGAGGAAGAGGACAGCCUGGAACGCUUGAUGGACGAGAUGGAGAGGGAGAUGAACGAUGGAAACAAGCCCUCCGAGAAGAAGAAAUCGAGCAAAGGCGAGGCUAAAGUCGCAGAAAAGACUGACGAUGGCAAGAGCUGCGAUCAAAAGGCGAGAUUGGAGGAAAGCGGUAAAAAGGAGAGGAACAAUGCGACUACCUCGUCUCUGUCAGUAGCGGUUAAAGUCAACCGAAGAUCAAUCUCGCCGCACGUGACGACUCGCGUCAGUCAGAAGCGCAGAUCGUUGUCGCCGAGGUCGCGGACGCGCAAGAAAUCACCGCGAAGAUCCCCGCUCCGGAGAUCCCCCGUCAGGCAGCUCAAGAGAUCGCCUAGGGAAUCGAGAUACAGGUCGCCUCGGAGAUCCCCGUUGUCGCGGUACUCGCCGAGACCGUCGCCACGCAGAUCGCCGAACCGGACCAUAAAGAGAUCGCCACCCAGAAGGUUAUCGCCGAGGGGCAGAUCGCCGAAGCUGUCGCCGCACUCGAGGUCACCGCGACCGCACAGGUCCAGGUCGCCCAGAAGAUCGCCACGUUCUAGAUCGCCGCGGCCACGCUCACCCAAAGUGUCGCGCUCGAGAUCGCCGCGAUUGUCGCGCUCGAGAUCGCCGAGAUACCUGUCGCCGCUCAGAUCGCCCAGAUCCAAGUCCCCCAGGCUCUCCCCGCGAAGAUCGUUGCCACCACGUCGAUUGCGAUCGCGAUCCAGGUCACUCGCCGUGUCACCAGCGCGACGAGGGUCACCUCGCUUGCGAUCGCCGAAGGGAUCGCCGCGUAGAACGCCGCCUCGCUUGAGAUCGCCGCGACCAUCGUCGCCGCACCGAUCGCCCUGGUCGUCGCCGAGACACUCGCCCCGUCUGUCACCACGACGCAGACGGUCCCCAAAGUGGUCGCCGAAGGAAUCCAGGAAGCAUGGGCCGCGCUCGGUCAGUCCGGACAGUCGCAACGAGUACGUGAAGGAUCCAUCUCCGACUUUCAAGGGCACACCGACGCCGGAAUUACCCCGAGGGAAAGCAAAGCAGAAGGAUGAAGCGUAUGAAAGGCCAGCCGCGACGACGGAAACGGCGAAGGAGUCUGUCGAAACGGUCAACGAUCCCGUACUCGAGGCAAGGCGGAAGAAAUUCGAGUCCACGCGGCCUAUCGAUCCCGUAAACGCCAACAAGAAGAUCAAACUGUGCAAGAAACACACCGCGAACACGAAGGUGGAGCCCGCCGAGACAACGGACAUCCAGUUGGGCAGCACAAAAAAACUGAACAAAACUGUAGAAGAAUACAGCGUCCAGGAGGCGGACCUGUCGCUGGAGGCGAACUACGAAUUUGAAGAUUUCGAGGAAGCGGUGGAGAACACAUCGCCCAGUGCAAUUUCAGGUCCUGUAAAUACAUGUAUAGAGGUAGAGCCGCCGAAGAAGGAGAAGGAGAAGUCCACGAAGAAGAAGAGGAAGCGCGACAAGGAGCUGUACCAGGUGGGCAAGCUGAAGAGCGAGCUGCCGCUGUCCGAGCGCAUUGGCAAGGACAAGAAGUGCAAGAAGCGCAAGGAGGUGGUCGCGGAGGAGGACGCGGACACCGUAUUCGAAGAUGCAACGAUAGACGAGGAGGGAGACCUGCGAACGGAAUUAAGCAGGAGACGUGCCGAGAGACUGAACAGAACAGUUCCGAUUCAAUCCGCUAGGCUGGUGCAGUCCGCUUUCAAGGGUGUUGUCAACGAGGUUGUGAAAAAUAACGCGAAGGCUAAUCAGAGGCACGUCAUUAACACUGACGAGAAAUCUAAUCAAAAGGAGGUCAGACGGGUUACCGUGCUGCAUCGAUCAUUACCUGAAUUACACGAUUCUGAAGAUGACAGUACUACUCUUGACUCGAAGGUACCUGUGCGUUUCAGACUGGGACUUAAUAAGCAAGUACAAGAGCCCAGAGAAUCCAAGGUUGCUCGAAAAGCAUCCAAAAGACAGGGUCGUAAGGUAAAGCACAAAAAUCAUUUGUCUUUAAAAGAUGCUGAACAUAUUUUGUAGUAAAAAUCAUGUGUUUAUAAUCUGAACUUGUAUGUAGUAUGAUAACCAUUCGCCUCUACCCAGUUUAAUCGAUAUUUUGUGAUACUACCACGCAAACCAAGUGAAAGAUACACCUUGAACCAUCGCUCAUACUUCUAACAAUGAAUAAUUACUAUAGAAUGACUAUUUUAAAAAAGUUGCAUCAUAAUUUUAUAAACUGUAAUAAUCUGACGUAAUCUGCAUAGUGAUCAAUUGCUAUAAUUAUACUGGCUUACUGAUAGCAAUUUUUUAUCUUGUCUAUUAAUGGAAAAAAAUAGCAGAACUUUGAUAAAGAUUCCUUCUUAGAUCAGAUAUAAAACGAGUACAACUUUUCUCUUUCAUUCAAAACACUGUCACGAGUGAGAUAUGGUGAAAAGAGAAUUUUAUCCCAGUUUAGAAGUUACAGUUAAGAUUAUUAUUAUAUAAACUGUGUAAAACAAUAUUAUGUGCCUUUCCGAUAAUAGCUUGAGAGUAAUAGGAAUGCCGCGCGAUGACUUUUAAUUGAGUAUUAUUGGAAUUUAUUCAGGGAAUGAAGAGCAUGUUUCUGUGAAGUAGACGUAGAUUUUGAUAACAGAUGCUGAAUUGUUAAGAGGACAGUGUGCAAGUUGCAUUUAGAGUCUUCGUCGAGAAACUGUGCAAUUUAGCAUCGCGCGACUCUGUGUCCAGUGAAAAAUAAGAAUGAUCUGUUUUUUGUUUAGGAAUAAAGUAAAUCCGCGCUCAACCGAUUGCGUAUUUGUACGAAGAGACAUUUGCGGUUCAUCUUACCGCACGUUAUGUUGACGACGCAUAGGAAGAUGCGCUGAUUUAACAUAAUAAUAAUUACGUCAAUGAUGAUUUUUGCAAACGUCUAUACAAAGCAUCUCUUCUUUUUGUUUUCCUUUUUCGAUUAAAAUAGAGCAUUUUCUAGAGCAUCAUAUUAUAGCAUCAUAGUAAUGCCAGGAGGAACGAAAGAGAGAAAGAGAGACAAUAUUGAAAAAUUUCGAUACGAUAUUCGUUAUGGUAUAAAUGUAUCCCAUUAUUUAAUUGAUUAUUUAUCGUUAUAAGUACAGUGUUUAGGAACAGUUGAUUACGUGUGAUUAUAUUAAAUCAUCUGUUGUGUUGAAGAGAAUGUGUACAUAAUUUACUUUGCUCGCUCUCACUUAAUAAAUAAGAAUCAUGAAUAAUCCCAAAGCUAUCUUUCGCGGAACCUAAGCGUAUUUUCUAUGAGAAUAGUGAUGUGUAUAGGUGAUGUAUUUUGAUUGUACAUAGCGCUCGAUAUCGAUCUAAGAGAUAUCAAACUAAUGAGAAUGUGCUAUAACUAUAAACAGUUAUAACUUGUAAAUUUGCUAUCAAUUUGCGGCAACGGUAUAUGCAACACCAAAUAUCUUGUACAAAGUAUCGUAGCAACAACAGCAGAAAACAACACUUUUUGUUAACACAUUUAUUUCCUGCGCGACAUAUUUUUAGUCAGGCAAAAGGAAAAAAUGUGAAUCUUUCUCUUUUUUUUACAUUUCUUUUUUUAUCAUAAAUCUGUAUCCUGUAAAGCGGCAUAUUAUAAUCUGUCAUACAUCUUUCUGUCUUGCAGUCGAGAAGUUAAUUGCAACUUAUACUUCUUUUAUUUCUAUUUUACAUUGGAAUAUUUUGCAUUUACGACAUUUUAGAAAGUAUAUAGUUCCUGCAAAAUGAAAAAAAAAACACUGUAUAAACAUUAUGUAUGUACAUGCUAUACAUUUUAUAAGUAUACGUUUUUGGCGGCAGAGACUACUGCGACAAUUCUGUUGUAUGAUUUUAAUGUUUCGCGUCGCGCCUUCUGGAAAGGAUCACACCCUAUACAUGUAUAUACUCAUAUAUUAUAUAUAUAUAGAUAUUUAAUGUAUUUUACUUAGAUCUAUUUAUUUAACGAAGAAUAGCAUCUCCUAACUGUUACAUUUUAAUCAUAUUUCCAGAACGGUUAGCGCAUUAGUACACACUAUUAAUUAAACGGUGUAAAUGUGUAGCCGAAUACGCGUGAAUCACUCUCAAGCUGUCGUGCAGCUGUGUGUACAUAGACUCGAUCUACUCCGGAAAAAAAUGAUGUUCGUAUACCAAGCUGCAUACCUCAUAGUAUCUAUGAAGGUGUAAACGCUGCUUUUACGUCAAUAAAAAAAAAGAAACCACCAAUAUUAUAUACUGAUAAAAAUUUUCUUCCAUGAAAAGAUGCUACUUGCGAGUACCGUAGGGAAGUUUCAGCAUACCGAGACCUUAGACUAGCGCGUAUGUACACGCGCUUGUUGUAUAUGUUGUGUACAAAAAAGUGAUAUUACUUACUAGAUGCGUGCCUUUAUUUAUGUUUAAUCCGAGAACGCGUGGACACGUGCGCACGUGUCUCCUUGAAUACGCUUAACCAAUAGCAAAAAAAACGUGCUGUAACACGCGUUACAUUACGCGCCGACCAGGAGUGAACGUUUCUACCAUGCCAUUUUAUUUACACAUCCGCAUAUUACGCGUAUGUACUUCGGACAUUUCAACUCUGAGAGUUGCGUGAUAGAUACUUUUGUAGUAGUAGAGAUACAACGAGAGACUGAACGGAAAUUUGUGCAUAGCUGACCGAUGCAUAAAUAAUACAAUGUAAUACUUGGGAUUUUUAUAGUUUCCCUUACGUGCGUUACGAUUAUCCCGGAAUAACACAGACUGUCACGUGUAAUAUUCUUCGAUAUUCGAUAAAGAGCAUUAAACGAAAUUAAAGAAUGUUAAACAAUGGUAAUGUACGCGUAACGUCAGUUCGCAGAUGUUUAGUUGCGAUGAAUUGAUAAUAUUGCAGUUAAUUAUAGUGAUGAAUAAUUUUGCAAAUCAUUUAUACGAUCUCCUUGGAUAUUUUACUGCAUAUUUUAAAAUUUACUUAGCUGCUCGUUGAGUUAAAAAUAAAACUGCCAGUUUUAAAUAAGCUCAGCAUGAAAUCUGAGUGGGACAUCGUCGCUUGGAUUUUUUCUCGAUUUGGCUUCUGUGUUAUUCCGCGAUACAGCUGUGAUCUAAAGUCGCGAUUCUCUGACUGUUACUGAUUAUUUAAUUUAUUAGCUUAAUUUCUGUCAUAGUGGUAAAUACAGAUGGAAGUACUUUGUUGAUCAACCGUCGUCGAUCGCGAUAAAAAUGUAAUUGAAUGUUACUACUUGUAUACUGCUAGAGUAUAUCUUAUCAGUAUUCCUUCCAGUUUUAAAUCUGACAUUAUGACUGUAAUCGUAGAUAAUUGUUAUUCUAAGAGAUUAUAAUUGACGCUAUCGUGUCGUGGACUUUAUGUGGCUCUUCCUACUUGGAGAGAAUAUCCGUGAUUCUGUAUUCCGUACGAAUUUCUGCAUUUAGUUUCCUAGAUUCAUCAUCAUUGACGUGUGGGAGGAUGAUUGAUAUGGGAAAUCUCGAUUUUCCCAUUUGUUACUGAAAUGCUCAACCAUCUGUAAUUUACCGCGCGAUCACAUAUCACACAUUGUGUAUGAAUGUACCUAUUUGUAUACCUCUAUAUUUGUACUUAUACCUUUUUACAAAGAAAAAAAAAGAGAGAACAAGAUCAUUACAUGCUUCCUGCUCAGACACAGCGACGUUGAAAUCGAUAGCGAAGUAAGAUCAGUGAGCCUUACUUCGCAUAUAUAUAUAUACAUACGUCACGUUAGAAUUAAUUGAAUCUCUUAUUUCAGAAGAUACGAUAAUAAAAUAUUUUUUCAGCUA